AUGUCUUCACAUGUGCACCGGAUUCUCGGAGGGAUCUACCUCCUGUCCAUCGAGCCAAUCAACGAGGGCGUUGAUUUGCAGAAAGACUUCCAGAUUGCGUCCGUAGUCUCUGUGGUCCCCGGCGAGGUGCCCGCGCACUUGCAGCGGGACUACCAGCACCUACAGAUCGCCGUCACCGACGAGGACAGCAGCAACCUCCUCGACCGUCUUCCCGGGGCGAUGGAGUUCAUGGACGGCGCGCUCUUCGGGGGCGGCGGGGACUCCAGGAGGCACCUGGGGUCCGUGCUCGUCCACUGCGCGCAAGGGCAGUCGAGGUCAGUCACGGUCGUUGCGGCGUACUUGAUGUACAAGUACAAGCUCAGCGUGGCCCAGGCGUUGCACGCCGUGCGGCGCAAAGUGGCGGGCGCGCAGCCGAACGAGGGCUUCCUCGAGCAGCUCCGCGUGUUCGAGGAGAUGGACUGCGCGGUCGACAGGAGCAGCCGGCCGUACCGGCAGUUUGUAGUUUCCAGCAGCUUGCGGCGGGACCCCUCGGGCGGCCAGUUGCGGCAGCAAGGCGUAUGGCCGGGCGGGCGGGCGCCCGCGCCGGCGGCCGGCGGCCCUGCGGGCCGCCUCCAUCUUCGGUGCAAGCGGUGCCGCGCGCUGGCGGCCGAUAUGUGCUCGCACCACUUCGUGGACGAGCCCAUGCCGUGGAUGGCGGCGGAGUUGGCGCGGCAGCAGAUCGAGGGCAAACUCUGCUGCCCGCGGUGCGCCGCCAAGGUGGGCGGCUACAGCUGGAAAGGCUCGCGGUGCUCGUGCGGCAAGUGGAUGGUGCCGGCGUUGCACUUACAGGCGGCCAAGGUGGACUCCAUGCGAGCGGCCGCCAGCCCGGGCGAGUAG